UAUAGUCUUUGGAAGAGUGCUGUUUAGUGGCAGGUGAAGUGAGUCAGUGGAGGAGAUCAAACUCAUCAGAUUCUCCUGCAGCUUCAUCAUUACUGAUUCACAAGGAUCCAGAGAUGGAGAUUUUUCUCCAGGAUGCAGUUCAGUCCAGCAGAAGAGCUCAAACCCAGAGUCCAGCUGUGUGUCUAUGAAGAGUAACUACUCUAUGGAUCCACCACUAAAGUUUAAGAAUGGAGACACAUGGCCUGAUGUCAGUUCAGUCCAGCAAAAGAGCUCAAACCCAGAGUCCAGCUGUGUGUCUAUGAAGAGUGACUGCUCUAUGGAUCCGCCACUAAAGUUAAAGAGUGAAGACACACAGCCUGAUCUCAGGUCAAACCUUCUAUCCAGACCAGUUAAAAACAAAACUGUGUUCACACCUGUGAUUCAACCGCAAGACUUAAAUGAAAGCAUGAAUCCUGGUUUCAGCCAUGACUCUAAACCUGCUGAAGUCCUCAACACAUUGAGAUCAAAUCUGAUAAAGAAGUUUGAGUGUUUGUAUGAGGGAAUAUCAAAGCAGGGAAACCCAACACUCCUGAAUGAGAUCUACACAGAGCUCUACAUGACAGAGAGUGAAAGUGGAGAGAUCAGUAAUGAGCAUGAGGUGAGACAGAUUGAGACACAGUCCAGGAGAGCAGAGACAGAGGACACACCGAUCAAAUGCAGUGACAUCUUUAGACCUUUACCUGGACAAGACAAACCCAUCAGAACUGUGCUGACAAAGGGAGUCGCUGGCAUUGGAAAAACAGUCUCUGUGCAGAAGUUCAUCCUGGACUGGGCUGAAGGGAAAGAGAAUCAGGACGUCCAGCUCAUAUUUCCACUUCCUUUCAGAGAGCUCAACUUGAUGAAGGACAAAACACUCAGUCUUUCAGAUCUUCUUCAUGUCUUUUUCCCUGAAACUAAAGAAAUGGAAAUAUCUAGUGACAGAUAUAAAGUGUUGUUCAUCUUUGAUGGUCUGGAUGAGUAUCGUCUGCCUCUGGAUUUUCAGAGCGAUGUGAGGUUGUGUGAUGUGACUGAAUCAGCCUCAGUGGACGUGCUGCUGAUGAACCUCAUUGUGGGGAAUCUGCUUCCCUCUGCUCUCAUCUGGAUCAUCUCCAGACCAGCAGCAGCUGAUCUCGUCCCCUCUGAGUGUGUCCAUCGAGUGACAGAGGUACGAGGAUUCAGUGACCCACAGAAGGAGGAUUACUUCAGGAAGAGAAUCAGGGAUCAGAGUCUGGCCUACAGGAUCAUCUCACACCUGAAGUCAUCAAGGAGCCUCUUUAUUAUGUGUCACAUCCCAGUGUUCUGCUGGAUCUCAGCCACUGUUCUAGAGAAGAUGUUGAGGAAAUCAUGGAAAGGAGAGAUUCCCAAGACUCUCACUCAAAUGUACACGCACUUCAUGAUCAUUCAGAUCAACAUCAAACAUGAGAAGGACUAUGAGACAAAAGUGAAAGAUGAAGACAUGAUUGUCAAACUGGGGAAACUGGCUUAUCAGCAGCUUGUGAAAGGAAACCUGAUCUUCUAUGAGGAAGACCUGAGAGAGUGUGGCAUUGAUGUGACAGAAGCAUCAGUGUACUCAGGAUUGUGCUCUCAGAUCUUCAGAGAGGAGUUGGGCUUGUAUCAGGGGAAAGUCUUCUGCUUUGUUCAUCUGAGCAUUCAGGAACAUCUAGCAGCUCUAUAUGUGCAUCUCUCCUUCAUAAACAAGAAAAUCAAUGUUUUUGACCAGAUUACCAAACCAACUAAUGGAGACAAAGUUUCACUAUCUGAUCUCCAUCAGAGAGCUGUGGAUGAGGCUUUAGACAGUAAAAAUGGGCAUCUGGACCUUUUCCUUCGUUUCCUUCUGGGUCUGUCAGUGGAGUCUAAUCAGAGUCUCUUACAAGAACUAAAGACACAGACAGGAAACAGAUCUCACAACAAUGAGAAAACAGUUGACUAUAUUAAAGAGAAGAUCAGUGAGAAUCCCUCUCCAGAUAAAUACAUCAAUCUGUUUCACUGUCUGAAUGAACUAGGUGAUCUUUCACUGGUGAACGAAGCUCAACCUUAUAUGAGCUCUAGAGGAUUACGUAAUGUGAAACUCUCCUCAUCUCAGUGGUCAGCUUUAGUGUUUGUGUUGUUGACCUCAGAAGAGACAAUGAAUGAAUUUAAGCUGAAGAGCUUAAUUGGAGCUGAAAAUGAUCAUGUCGCAUCUGUCACCUUGAAAGCACAAAAUACAGCAGAUGAAGUUCUUCAGAAGCUACUGCCUGUGGUUACAGCAACUAGAUCAGCUCUGUUGAGUUGUUCUGGUCUCACAGAUGAAGGUUGUGCUUCUCUGGCUUCAGCUCUGAGAUCAAACCCUUCACACCUGAGAAAACUGGAUCUUUCUGGGAAUAAUCUAGGAGACUCCGGAGUGAAGCUGCUCUCUGUACUGGAGAAUCCUCACUGUAAACUGGAGGAACUGCGGUUGAAUGAUUGUGGCAUCACCGAUCAAGGUUGUGCUGCUCUGGCUUUAGCUCUGAGAUCAAACCCCUCACACAUCAGAGAACUGAAUCUGUCUGAGAAUAAACUACAAGACUCAGGAGUGAAGCUGCUCUUUGCUGUACUGGAGAAUCCUCACUGUAAACUGGAGACACUGUGGUUAAAUUAUUGUGGUGUCACAGAUGAAGGUUGUGCUGCUCUGGCUUCAGCUCUGAGAUCAAACCCCUCACACCUGAAAGUACUGCAUCUGUCUGGUAAUAAUUUAGGACAGUCAGGAGUGAAGCUGCUCUCUGGUCUGAAGGCUGAUCCACAUUAUAAACUGGAGACACUAAUAAAAGGUCUCAUCAAAUAUGUUUUCAGUGGGAAUGCAGCAUCACCCACCAUGGUGUAUGGCAUUGGGCCUUGUACACCAGACCCAGGCAAAGAGCAGUCAGCAGGGACAGACAAAGUUUUGGCCUCCAUGCCUCUCCCGAGAGCAGAACCACUGAACACUCCACCAUCACUUAUUCUGCCGAAGUCUCCGACAUGGAACUGUGAUGCCAUCAUUUGCUCCUCAAUUGCUCUACAAGUCAUAUGGACAGAUUCAGCAAUGGUGCUUUUCCCUAGACGUUCCAGACACACUUUGCAGAGUGAGCCGGAACCUCUGGACAUGACUGUGGCUGAGGAGGAUGUGGAGCCAGAGUUGUCGGAACUCACUACACCUUUCAAUCCCCUUCCUGCCAUACAGAGGCCUGCAACCCCAUUACUGGCAGGUGAAAGAUCAGCUACCCCCACACCACUGCCAAGCACCUGCACACCACAAAUAACAGCUCACAGAGCUGACACCCCUAUCCCCACUAUACAUCCCAGGGUUCAAGCUCUGGUGACUGACAGUCUUUUGAAGAAGAAUAUUUUGUUUGAUCAAGAGUCAGUUGAAGAGAUCAAACUUAUCAGAUUCUCCUGCAGCUUCAUCAUGACUGAUUCACAAGGAUCCAGAGAUGGAGAUUUUUCUCCAGAAUGCAGUUCAGUCCAGCAGAAGAACUCAAACCCAGAGUCCAGCUGUGUGUCUGUGAAGAGUGACCGUUCUAUGGAUCCUCCACCAAAGUUUAAGAGUGGAGACAAACGGCCUGAUCUCAGUUUUAAGACAGUCCAGCAGAAGAGAUCAAAACCAGAGUCCAGCUGUGUGUCUAUGAAGAGUGACUGCUCUAUGGAUCCACCACUAAAUUUUAAGAGUGGAGACACACAGCCUGAUCUCAGCCAUGAGUCUAAACCUGCUGAAGUCCUCAACACAUUUCGAUCAAAUCUGAGGAAGAAGUUUGAGUGUUUGUAUGAGGGAAUAUCAAAGCAGGGAAACCCAACACUCCUGAAUGAGAUCUACACAGAGCUCUACAUCACAGAGAGUGAAAGUGGAGAGAUCAGUAAUGAGCAUGAGGUGAGACAGAUUGAGACACAGUCCAGGAGAGCAGAAACAGAGGACACACCGAUCAAAUGCAGUGACAUCUUUAGACCUUUACCUGGACAAGACAAACUCAUCAGAACUGUGCUGACAAAGGGAGUCGCUGGCAUUGGAAAAACAGUCUCUGUGCAGAAGUUCAUCCUGGACUGGGCUGAAGGGAAAGAGAAUCAGGACGUCCAGCUCAUAUUUCCACUUCCUUUCAGAGAGCUCAACUUGAUGAAGGACAAAACACUCAGUCUUUCAGAUCUUCUUCAUGUCUUUUUCCCUGAUACAAAAGAAAUGGAAAUAUCCAGUGACAAAUAUAAAGUGUUGUUCAUCUUUGAUGGUCUGGAUGAGUGUCGUCUGUCUCUGGAUUUUCAGAGCGAUGUGAAGUUGUGUGAUGUGACUGAAUCAGCCUCAGUGGACGUGCUGCUGAUGAACCUCAUUGUGGGGAAUCUGCUUCCCUCUGCUCUCAUCUGGAUCACCUCCAGACCAGCAGCAGCUGAUCUCGUCCCCUCUGAGUGUGUCCAUCGAGUGACAGAGGUACGAGGCUUCAGUGACCCACAGAAGGAGGAAUACUUCAGGAAGAGAAUCAGGGAUCAGAGUCUGGCCUACAGGAUCAUCUCACACCUGAAGUCAUCAAGGAGCCUCUUUAUUAUGUGUCAAAUCCCAGUGUUCUGCUGGAUCUCAGCCACUGUUCUAGAGAAGAUGUUGAGUGAAGCAGAGAGAGGAGAGAUUCCCAAGACUCUCACUCAAAUGUACACACACUUCCUGAUCAUUCAGACCAACAUCAAACAUGAGAAGGACUAUGAGAGGAAAGAGAAAAAUGAAGAUAUGAUUGUCAGACUGGGAAAACUGGCUUAUCAGCAGCUUGUGAAAGGAAACCUGAUCUUCUAUGAGGAAGACCUGACAGAGUGUGGCAUUGAUGUGACAGAAGCAUCAGUGUACUCAGGAUUGUGCUCUCAGAUCUUCAGAGAGGAGUUGGGCUUGUAUCAGGGGAAAGUUUUCUGCUUUGUUCAUCUGAGCAUUCAGGAACAUCUAGCAGCUCUAUAUGUGCAUCUCUCCUUCAUAAACAAGAACAUCAAUGUGUUUGACCAGAUUACCAAACCAACUAAUGGAGACAAAGUUUCACUAUCUGAUCUCCAUCAGAGAGCUGUGGAUGAGGCUUUAGACAGUAAAAAUGGGCAUCUGGACCUUUUCCUUCGUUUCCUUCUGGGUCUGUCAAUGGAUUCUAAUCAAAGUCUCUUACAAGAACUAAAGACACAGACAGGAAACAGAUCUCACAACAAUAAGAAAACAGUUGACUAUAUUAAAGAGAAGAUCAGUGAGAAUCCCUCUCCAGAUAAAUACAUCAAUCUGUUUCACUGUCUGAAUGAACUGGGUGAUCUUUCAUUAGUGAAUGAAGCUCAACCUCACAUGAGCCGUGGAAGAUUACGUGGUGUGAAACUCUCCUCAUCUCAGUGGUCAGCUUUAGUUUUUGUGUUGUUGACCUCAGAGCAGGCAAUGCGUCAUUUUAACCUGAACAGCUUAUUUGGAGCCACUGAUGAUCAUGAUGCAUCUGUUACCCUGAAAGCACAAAAUACAGCAGAUGAAGUUCUUCAGAAGCUGCUGCCUGUGGUUACAGCAACUAGAUCAGCUACGUUGAGUAAGUGUGGUGUCACAGAUGAAGGUUGUGCUGCUCUGGCUUCAGCUCUGAGAUCAAACCCCUCACACCUGAGAGAACUGUUUCUGAAUGUGAAUAAAUCAGGAGACUCAGGAGUGAAGCUGCUCUCUGUUGUACUGGAUCCUCACUGUAAAUUGGAUAAACUGGGGUUGAGUAACUGUGAUGUCACAGAUGAAGGUUGUGCUGCUCUGGCUUCAGCUCUGAAAUCAAACCCUUCACAACUGAGAGAACUGAAUCUGUCAUAUAAUAAUCUAGGAGACUCCGGUGUGAAGCUGCUCUCUGCUGUACUGGAGAAUCCUCAAUGUAAACUGGAGAAACUGGUGUUGAGUAAGUGUGGUGUCACAGAUGAAGGUUGUGUUGCUCUGGCUUCAGCUCUGAGAUCAAACCCCUCACACCUGAGAGAAUUGAAUCUGAAUAGGAAUAAUCUAGGAGAUUUAGGAGUGAAGCUACUCUCCGAUCUGAAGGAUGAUCCACAGUUUAAACUGGAUACACUAUGGACUUUCAGAUGACAGUCUGAUCUUCUGAUGAUCAUCUGAUGGUGAAUAAGGUUCCACUACAGAGACUCGCAGUCAACACAAUCAAGAGACUGAAGAUACAGUGACUUCAGUGGUAUAAAUGAAGACUUCAUUUAGAUUUCAAUGAUUUCAGAGCAGCAAAUUUUCAUUCAUAGAUUAACCAUUUUAUUUGUAUAAAAACACAGUAUAAACUCAAAGUUUUACAAAGAAAAUACAGAUAUACAUCAUGUUUUUAAUAAUAGUUGUAUUACAUUUUUAUUAAUGUAUUAAAGGAGUCAUAUGAUGCAUUUUCAUGUUUUCCUUAUCUUUAGUCUAUGUAUCUGUUUGUGCAUGUAUAAGAUCUGCAAAUUUACCAAGCUCAAAGUCUCCUACAAAAAGAUCUAAUGCCUGGUGUGUUACACUGUACGAUUUUGG